AAAAUCUUUCGUUUAACAAAAACUAGAUUCUCAUGGAGCUCCUCCCCGUUGGUGUUGAAGGCCAACAUCAUCAACUAAAAGCUAUUUUUCUUCCAUUUGUAUCAACCAGUCACCUCAUUCCUGUAGUAGACAUAGCAAGGCUCUUUGCCAUGCAUGGCGUUGAUGUCACCAUUAUCACAACACCAUCCAAUGCCACCAUUUUUCAAAGCUCCAUUGACCGUGAUCACAGUCAUGGUCAUUCAAUUAGAACCCAUGUUGUUAAGUUCCCAUCUGCACAUGUUGGUUUACCAGAAGGAGUUGAGAGCAUCAACAUUGACACUCCUCAAUCCAUGGUCUCAAAAAUCUAUCAGGGUUUGUCAAUUCUCCAAGAACAAUACCAACAACUUUUCCAUGACUUGAAAGCUGAUUUCAUAGUCACUGACAUGUUCUACCCUUGGAGUGUUGAUGCUGCUGCUGAGUUAGGAAUUCCAAGGUUGAUUUAUGUUGGUGGAAGUUACCUGGCUCACUCUGCACAACACUCCAUUGAAGAAUUUUCACCUCACACAAAAGUUGAUUCGGAUACUGAGAAGUUCUUGCUUCCUGGGUUGCCAAAUGAAUUGGAGAUGACACGUUUGCAGUUACCAGAUUGGCUUAAAAAACCAAUUGGUUACACUUAUUUAAUGAAGAUGAUGAAAGAUUCAGAGAGAAAAAGCUAUGGAUCAUUGUUCAAUAGCUUUUAUGAACUUGAGGGACCUUAUGAAGAGCAUUACAAGAAAGCCAUGGGAACCAAUAGUUGGAGUGUGGGACCAGUUUCAUUAUGGGUGAAUCAAGAUGCUUCUGAUAAGGCUGAUAGAGGGCAUGCCAAAGAAGGAGGAAAAGAAAAAGAAAAAGAAAAAGAAGAAGGGUGGUUUAAAUGGCUUAAUUCAAAGAAAGAGGAUUCUGUUCUGUAUGUGAGUUUUGGGAGUAUGAACAAGUUCCCUACUUCACAGCUUGUUGAAAUAGCUUAUGCUCUGGAAGAUUCUGGCCAUGAUUUCAUCUGGGUGGUUAGGAAAAUUGAUGAAGGGGAAGAUAAUGAAGGAGGGAAAUUUCUGCAAGAGUUUGAGAAGAGAAUGCAAGAAAGCAACAAAGGUUAUUUAAUAUGGGGUUGGGCACCACAACUUCUUAUACUGGAACACCCUGCCACUGGAGGUUUGGUGACACAUUGUGGGUGGAACACUAUUAUUGAAAGUGUGAAUGCAGGCUUGCCAAUGGUAACUUGGCCUCUGUUUGCUGAGCAAUUUUAUAAUGAGAAGUUGCUGACUGAGGUGCUGAGAAUUGGUGUGGCUGUUGGGGCAAAAGAAUGGAGAAAUUGGAAUGAGUUUGGGGAUGAGGUAGUGAAAAGGGAGGAGAUAGGAAAGGCAAUUGCUUUUUUGAUGGGUGGUGGAGAUGAGGCCUUAGAUAUGAGGAGAAGAGUCAAAGGGUUGAGUGAUGCUGCAAAGAAAGCUUUACAAGUUGGUGGGUCUUCUCAUACCAAUUUGAAAGAACUUAUUGAGGGGCUCAAGUCAUUCAAACUUCAAAAGGUUAACCAAUAA